AUGCAGAAGCCCUGCAAAUAUUUUCAGCCUGGAGAUCCGGCCUCAUGCCAACGCGGAGACGAAUGUGGCUUCAGUCACUUGAACAUACCUCUUCGACGAUAUACGAUUGAUCGGCCAGCAUCCACAUCUCCAAGUUCUCCAAGUUUUGUUGAAGAAAGAGCCGAUAGCCCGGUUAUUGUGCCUCCAAUCUCGUUCUUCGCUCGUCCUGUUGGAAUUCCACCACCUGAUCUCAUUCCUCAGCAAACAGCAACUCCACUGACUUUCAAACCAAGAACCAAAUUCGAUCUCAGCAAGUAUCGAUAUGUGGCACCAAAGGUCUCUCCGCAACAACAAACAUCGAUCGCAAGUAUGGCAUCUCUCGAAACAUCAAACGAGCGAGAAUCAUCACAAGCAACAAAUGCUGGUGCAGUGAACACCUCGGGACCAAAAUCGAUGGACAAAGGAAAAGUGGAUCUCGUCUACUCGCAACGUCUCACCGAUGCCACAAUUGAACUCUUCAAGCAGGAAACUUAUCAACGAGGAUACAUUCCACUAGUACCACCAACAAAGGAUCUCAUU